AUGAGUACAGAUGGUGAAAUGGAGUGUUUUGGCCCGGCGGCCGUUUUCCUCCGGAAGCCAGAAAAAGAGCGAAUUGAAGCUCAGAACACUCCUUUUGAUGCUAAAACAGCUUACUUUGUGACUGAGCCCAAUGAGAUGUACCUGAAGGGGAAACUUAUCAAGCGAGAAGGCGGGAAAGCCACCGUGGAGACUCUCGGUGGAAAGACUCUCACUGUAAAAGAGGAUGAAAUCUUCCCCAUGAACCCUCCGAAGCUUGAUAAGAUUGAGGACAUGGCCAUGAUGACCCACCUCAGUGAGCCUUCUGUGCUGUAUAACCUCAAAGAGCACUAUGCAGCAUGGAUGAUCUAUACCUACUCUGGGCUGUUCUGUGUCACUGUGAACCCCUACAAGUGGCUCCCGGUGUAUGAUGCAGUGGUUGUAACAGGAUACAGAGGCAAAAAAAGAGUGGAGGCUCCACCCCACAUCUUCUCCAUCUCUGAUAAUGCCUAUCAGUUCAUGCUCCAAGACAGAGAAAACCAGUCAAUCCUGAUUACCGGAGAAUCUGGUGCAGGAAAGACUGUCAACACCAAACGUGUCAUCCAGUAUUUUGCAACAAUCGCAGUGGCUGGAGGAAAGAAAACUGAGGCAGUUCCUGGAAAAAUGCAGGGGUCGCUAGAGGAUCAAAUCAUUGCAGCCAACCCACUGCUGGAGGCUUAUGGCAAUGCCAAAACUGUGAGGAAUGACAACUCAUCUCGCUUUGGUAAAUUCAUCAGAAUCCAUUUCGGAACAACUGGGAAGCUGGCGUCAGCAGACAUUGAAACAUAUCUGCUGGAGAAGUCUCGAGUGACGUUCCAGCUGUCUGCUGAGAGGAGCUACCACAUCUUCUAUCAGCUCACGACAGGCCACAAACCGGAACUGCUAGAGGCUCUGCUGAUCACCACCAACCCUUAUGACUAUCCCAUGAUUAGUCAAGGUGAAAUCACCGUCAAGAGUAUCAAUGACGUUGAAGAAUUCAUCGCUACUGAUACUGCCAUUGACAUCCUGGGCUUCACUGCAGAAGAGAAGAUGAGCAUGUACAAGCUGACUGGAGCUGUGAUGCAUCAUGGAAACAUGAAGUUCAAGCAGAAGCCGCGUGAAGAGCAGGCUGAGCCUGACGGCACUGAAGUGGCAGAUAAAAUCGCCUACCUCAUGGGUCUGAACUCUGCUGAUCUGCUCAAAGCACUAUGCUACCCCAGAGUGAAGGUUGGAAAUGAGUAUGUGACCAAAGGUCAAACUGUCCCUCAGGUCAACAAUUCCGUCAUGGCUCUCUGCAAGUCCGUCUAUGAGAAAAUGUUCUUGUGGAUGGUCGUCAGAAUCAAUGAGAUGCUGGAUACCAAACAGCCCAGAAGUUAUUUCAUUGGUGUCCUGGAUAUUGCUGGGUUUGAAAUUUUUGAUUUCAACAGCUUGGAGCAGCUUUGCAUCAAUUUCACCAAUGAAAAACUGCAACAGUUUUUCAACCACCACAUGUUUGUCCUGGAGCAAGAAGAGUACAAGAAAGAGGGAAUUGAAUGGGAGUUCAUUGACUUUGGUAUGGACUUGGCUGCCUGCAUUGAGCUUAUUGAGAAGCCAAUGGGCAUCUUCUCCAUCCUUGAAGAGGAGUGCAUUGUCCCCAAGGCAACAGACAUGACCUUCAAGAACAAACUCUAUGAUCAGCAUCUUGGUAAAAGUGCACCCUUCCAGAAACCGAGAAUUGGCAAAGGUAAAGCUGAGGCCCAUUUCUCCCUGGUGCACUAUGCUGGUACUGUGGACUACAAUGUCGUUGGUUGGCUGGACAAGAACAAAGACCCCCUGAACGACUCAGUGGUUCAGCUUUAUCAGAAGUCUUCAGUCAAAUUGCUGGCCUUCUUGUAUGCAUCCCAUGCUUCAGCAGAAGGUACGUCUGAGGGUGGUGGUGGCAAGAAAGGUGGCAAGAAGAAGGGUGGCUCCUUCCAGACUGUGUCUGCUUUGUUCAGGGAGAAUUUAGGAAAGCUGAUGACUAAUUUGAGGAGCACACAUCCUCAUUUUGUGCGUUGCUUGAUUCCCAAUGAAUCCAAGACACCAGGUCUUAUGGAGAACCACCUGGUCAUCCACCAGCUGAGGUGUAACGGUGUGCUCGAAGGGAUCAGGAUCUGCAGGAAAGGUUUCCCCAGCAGAAUCCUCUAUGGGGAUUUCAAGCAGAGAUACAAAGUACUGAAUGCCAGUGUCAUCCCAGAGGGACAGUUUAUUGACAACAAGAAGGCUUCAGAGAAACUACUGGGAUCCAUCGAUGUUGACCAUUCUCAGUAUAAAUUUGGCCACACCAAGGUGUUCUUCAAAGCUGGGCUGCUGGGUCUCCUAGAGGAGAUGAGAGAUGAGAAACUGGCUGAGCUGGUCACAAUGACUCAGGCUCUCUGCAGAGGUUUCCUCAUGAGGCGUGAGUUUGUGAAGAUGAUGGAAAGGAGGGAAGCCAUUUACUCCAUCCAGUACAAUAUUCGUUCAUUCAUGAAUGUCAAAACCUGGCCAUGGAUGAAGCUGUACUUUAAGAUUAAGCCUCUUCUGAAGAGUGCAGAGACUGAGAAAGAGAUGGCUCAAAUGAAAGAGGACUUUGAAAAGACCAAAGAGGAGCUAGCAAAGGCUCUGGCUAAGAAGAAAGAACUGGAGGAGAAGAUGGUCUCUCUCCUGCAGGAGAAAAAUGACCUGCAGCUGCAAAUUCAGUCUGAAGGUGACAGCCUUGCUGAUGCCGAGGAAAGGUGUGAUGGGCUCAUUAAAGCAAAAAUCCAGCUUGAGGCCAAAGCCAAAGAGAUUUCUGAGAGACUGGAGGAUGAGGAGGAAAUCAAUGCUGAGCUGACGGCAAAGAAGAGGAAGCUGGAGGACGAGUGCUCUGAGUUGAAGAAAGACAUUGAUGACUUGGAGCUCACCCUGGCCAAAGUGGAAAAGGAGAAACAUGCCACUGAGAACAAGGUUAAAAACCUGGUUGAAGAAAUUACUUCUCUUGAUGAGACUGUUGCCAAGUUGACCAAAGAGAAGAAAGCCCUCCAAGAGGCCCAUCAGCAGACCCUUGAUGAUCUUCAGGCAGAGGAAGACAAAGUCAACACUCUGACAAAGGCCAAGAUCAAACUAGAGCAGCAAGUGGACGAUCUUGAAGGUUCACUGGAGCAAGAAAAGAAACUUCGUAUGGACCUUGAACGAGCUAAAAGAAAGCUUGAAGGGGAUCUGAAACUGGCCCAGGAAUCCAUCAUGGAUCUGGAGAAUGACAAGCAGCAGUCUGAGGAGAAAAUAAAAAAAAAGGACUUUGAAAUAAGCCAGCUCCUGAGUAAGAUUGAGGAUGAGCAGUCUCUUGGAAUCCAGCUCCAGAAAAAGAUAAAGGAACUUCAGGCUCGUAUUGAGGAGCUGGAGGAGGAGAUUGAGGCUGAGCGGGCUGCUCGGGCCAAGGUGGAGAAGCAGAGGGCUGAUCUCUCCAGAGAACUUGAGGAGAUCAGUGAGAGGCUUGAAGAGGCUGGUGGAGCAACUUCAGCUCAGAUUGAGAUGAACAAAAAGCGUGAGGCCGAGUUUCAAAAGCUGCGUCGUGAUCUCGAAGAGUCCACCCUGCAGCAUGAGGCCACCGCUGCAGCUCUACGCAAGAAGCAGGCUGACAGCGUGGCUGAGCUGGGAGAACAGAUUGAUAACCUCCAACGUGUCAAACAGAAGCUGGAGAAAGAGAAGAGUGAAUACAAGAUGGAGAUCGAUGACCUCACGAGCAAUAUGGAGUCUGUUGCAAAAGCGAAGGCAAACCUUGAAAAAAUGUGCAGGACAUUAGAAGAUCAGCUGAGUGAGCUCAAAUCUAAGAACGAUGAGAAUGUCCGUCAACUGAAUGACUUGAGUGCACAGAGAGCAAGACUUCAAACUGAAAAUGGAGAAUUUGGGCGUCAGCUGGAGGAGAAAGAAGCUCUUGUCUCUCAGCUGACAAGGAGCAAACAGGCUUACACUCAGCAAAUUGAAGAGCUAAAGAGGCACAUAGAGGAGGAAGUUAAGGCCAAGAAUGCCCUGGCUCAUGCCGUUCAAUCAGCUCGCCAUGACUGCGACCUGCUCAGAGAGCAGUAUGAAGAGGAGCAGGAGGCCAAGGCUGAGCUGCAGCGUGCACUGUCCAAGGCCAACAGCGAGGUGACUCAGUGGAGAACCAAAUACGAGACCGAUGCCAUUCAGAGAACUGAGGAGCUGGAGGAGGCCAAGAAAAAGCUUGCCCAGCGUCUUCAGGAUGCAGAGGAAUCCAUUGAGGCUGUGAAUGCAAAAUGUGCCUCUCUGGAAAAGACAAAACAGAGACUGGUGGGUGAAGUGGAGGAUCUGAUGAUCGACGUGGAGAGAGCUAAUGCUCUGGCUGCGAAUCUCGACAAGAAGCAGAGGAACUUUGACAAGGUUCUUGCAGAGUGGAAGCAAAAGUAUGAGGAAAGCCAAGCAGAGCUGGAGGGAGCUCAGAAGGAAGCUCGUGCUUUAAGCACUGAGCUGUUCAAGCUGAAGAACUCAUAUGAAGAAGCUCUGGACCAACUGGAGACCAUGAAGAGAGAGAACAAGAAUCUGCAACAGGAGAUCUCAGACCUGAGUGAACAACUUGGAGAGACCGGUAAGACGAUUCAUGAACUUGAGAAAGGAAAAAAGGCAGUGGAAAGUGAGAAGUCAGAGAUUCAGACUGCUCUGGAGGAGGCAGAGGCUACCCUGGAGCAUGAGGAAUCCAAAAUUCUCCGUAUUCAGCUUGAGCUCACCCAAGUCAAGAGUGAAGUUGACAGAAAAAUUGCAGAGAAGGACGAGGAGAUUGACCAAAUCAAGAGGAACAGCCAGAGAGUGAUUGAGUCCAUGCAGACAACUUUGGAUGCUGAGGUCAGGAGCAGAAAUGAUGCCCUGAGAAUCAAGAAGAAAAUGGAGGGAGACCUCAAUGAGAUGGAGAUUCAGCUGAGCCAUGCCAACCGCCAGGCAGCUGAAGCCCAAAAACAGCUGAGAAACGUGCAAGGACAUCUUAAGGAUGUACAACUGCACCUUGAUGAAGCCAUUAGAGGUCAGGAUGAAAUGAAAGAGCAGGUUGCUAUGGUGGAGCGCAGGAACAACCUGAUGCUGGCUGAGAUCGAGGAGCUGAGAGUUGCACUGGAGCAAACGGACAGAAGCCGCAAAGUGGCUGAACAGGAGCUGGUUGAUGUCAGUGAGCGUGUGGGGCUGCUGCACUCUCAGAACACCAGCCUCAUCAACACCAAGAAGAAGCUGGAGGCUGACCUGAUUCAGAUCCAAGGUGAAGUAGAAGACUCUGUCCAGGAAGCAAGAAAUGCUGAAGAAAAGGCCAAGAAGGCCAUCACUGAUGCUGCCAUGAUGGCAGAAGAGCUGAAGAAAGAGCAGGACACCAGUGCUCAUUUGGAGAGGAUGAAGAAGAACCUGGAGGUGACAGUGAAGGACCUGCAGCACCGUCUGGAUGAAGCUGAGAAUCUGGCCAUGAAGGGCGGCAAGAAGCAGCUCCAGAAAAUGGAGGCUAGGGUACGUGAGCUUGAGGCUGAAGUUGAAGCUGAGCAGAGACGAGGAGCAGAGGCUGUCAGAGGUGUUCGAAAAUAUGAGAGAAGAGUGAAAGAGCUCACCUACCAGACUGAAGAGGACAAGAAGAAUGUCACCAGGCUUCAGGAUCUCGUGGACAAGCUGCAGCUCAAAGUGAAGGCCUACAAGCGACAAGCUGAGGAGGCUGAGGAGCAGGCCAACACUCACCUGUCCAGGUACAGGAGGGUGCAGCAUGAGAUGGAGGAGGCUCAGGAGAGAGCUGACAUCGCUGAGUCCCAGGUCAACAAGCUGAGGGCAAAGAGUCGUGAAAUUGGAAAAGUAAGUGAUGCAUAA